AUGAAGUUCAACAAUCCACUACCUCAAUCUCUUGCCAAGGAAUGCGACAAAGCCGCUAAGAUCUUCAAGAGUUUCGUAGACGGUGGCAAUAAUGGACUCGACGGAGUUAUUCCGCGGCAUGUACUUGAGCAAGCCAAGGGCUUCGCUAUCUUCACGGUCUUCAAGGCCGGCUUCGUGUUCUCCGCUCGCGCCGGCAGUGGUGUUGUUAUAGCGCGACUUGAGGAUGGCAGUUGGUCCGCCCCGAGUGCGAUUGGCACAGCGGGCGUGGGCGUCGGCGGACAAGCUGGGGCGGAAGUGACCGACUUCUUGGUCGUGCUCAACUCACGUUCAGCUGUUCGUUCAUUCAUGGCCGCCGGUUCGCUCACGUUAGGAGGGAACAUGUCUCUAGCGAUGGGCCCCCUCGGACGCAAUGGUGAGGCUACAGGCGCCCUCAACACCUCUGGGAAGUUAGCAGCCAUGUACUCGUACUCGAAGACCAAGGGUCUCUUCGGUGGUGUGUCACUUGAAGGGAGCGUGAUCGUUGAGCGACAAGACGCAAACGCGCUUGCCUACCGAUCCGACGUCACCGUCAAGCAGCUUCUUUCCGGGCUAGUUGAUGUACCCGACUUCGCGCAGAACCUGGUCAAUACUCUCAAGGCAUGUACGGGCAUGCCAGGCAUGCGCAAUUGGGUGGACGACUCGCCCGCGGCAAUCGGUCGCCCGCCAAGUACUUCGCCCAGCGCCUAUGCAUUCAGCGGUAUCAGCUCAGCUGGUCCGAAGACUCCCAGCGGCUCGUUCAUGUCACGCGCGAAGCACAAGAAGCAGUCGCCUUCGUUUCCGCCGCUUAGCUGGGGCUCGCGCAAGAACGACGGCAGUUACUUCGGGUCGGAAGGCGCCGCAUACUCAUCUACGGGCCGUACUGCAGAUGACGCAUCAUUAGACCCGUAUGAAGGCACGAACCGCUCGACUACGCCUCUCUCUACACGACGAUCCGUAGAAACCAAGAAGCCUUCACCCACUCGCGAUCUGCUCAUGGAUGAUGGGCCUACGAACUUCGAGACACACUUUGCCAGUGACUUCGUGCCCGAGUCGCGGCCAGCUAUCAAGCAACUUUCCUACUCAAAUGGAUCGGGGCGCAUGUCCUCUUUCGGGGCGGCAGAUCUGGACCCUUUCCCUGCACCACCGGCCACGAAUGGUACUGGUUUCGGUCACGGGCGGUCGCAGUCUGCGUUCCCUGGCGGCUCAGUAGGGAGUCGCAACCACUAUGCGCCGCCCACACAGCGCCCUCCCACAGACUCAUACGACAGCAAUCCAUUCGCGCCGACCAUAGACGACGACGAUCCUUUCGGCCUUGGACUAGGUCGGCGCAGUCCAACGGGCGGACGAGCAUCCGCCCUUCCCUCGCCCAGUCCGAAACCAUUCAUCGCGCCGAAGAGAGAGCUCACUACGCCCAUGCCUGCGGAUGGCAUUGCUAGGGCGAUCGCGCUGUUCGACUUCAACGCUGUGCAGAGUGGGGAUCUGUCCUUCAACAAGGGGCAGAUCAUCACGAUCACGGAGAAGAGCGACGAGGUCAAUACAUGGUGGAAGGGGAAGCUCGAGGGGCGCGAAGGGAUUUUCCCAGCCAAUUUUGUAGAAGUUGUGCGAUGA